AUAACUGUAACGAUUGAAUUCAUUCCCGCCUAAAUAAAACGCGGUACUUCCGUUUAAAUAUGGCUAUUCGUUUACACAUGAAUCACGAUUUAUCCGAAGAAAAACAAAAGGUAUUGCAUUUAAUGCCAUGUAAAAUUUAUGGUGAUGAAUUUGCAAAUGUUUCCUCUUAUUUUACACCUUACAUUCAUAAAGUGGAUAACGAAUAUUAUAAUUCUUCAUUUCGUGGAUAUCCACUUCAAGGAAAAAAGAUAACAAUACCCUUUGGAUAUAAAGGUAUUAUAUUUUUUGAACGCCAAAAAACAGACAUAGAAAAUAUAGAACGUAAUUUAUAUUUAACGGGAACAUUUUCACAUUUUACUUAUUGGAAUUAUGAUAAAUUACCAUCUAAAAAUGAUGCUUUAAGAGCUGCAAUAGAUUGGAUUGAUAUCGCUGAAGCACUACAUUCUACAGAAUCAUAACUGAAAACAAACUUGAUAUAAUAUAAAGAAUUCUUAUAUAUUUAAUGAAUUAUAAAAAUUAUUCUAUUUUAAUGUAUAGAUAAAAAUAAAUAUUUUAUAUAUUUUGUA